AUGUCGGUUGCAUGUACAGCCACACCUGCGGAGGUCGCGAUCAAUCAUGUGAAAGAAUUGGCGACGCAGCGUAGACAGCGAGCAGCAGGAACAUUAGCGGAGCUUUUCGAAAUGAGUGCUCUGCCUUCAGACACGGUGGGGAAGCUGACUUCUGCGCUGCAGGCUCAUGGAAGAGUUGCAAUUCAUUUUCAUCCAGACCGACUUGUGAAAGGUGGGGAGACGGUAGCCGGAUCCUUGUUGGCCACAGGCUGCAUCCAGAGCCAGUUCGAGUCGCAGAUUUCCAACGGUAGAGUAGAUUCUGCACCAGGCGGGAAGCGAGACCAGUGGGAAAAUCGAUUGUUCGGUGGGGCCUAUGAGCAAGCGCCUCCCAGCUUGCGUCCAAAAUAUGGCGCCUUGUUUCUUCUCGGGCAGUCAGACGGCCCUGCGCCCCGCUUUGGCUCUUGUUACUUUCUGCUUUCCCCUGAUGCAACCAAGCGAGCUACCUUCUGUUACGGCGACUCGCAUUUAGAUCCGCCCGCUCGCGGAACUUACGAGGUUUGGGAGGAUAUCCUCUCAGAACUGUUCCAGGAGAGCUUCACGAGAGACGGAGCAUUGGGCAUCGGCUUGCGUCCUCCGGCGCUCGCCAGUCGCAUCUUGGAUGUUCUUCAUGCGCCUCUCAGCGACAAGUGGAGCUUCCCAGCCGCAAGGAACCUCGACCAUUACAUCGAAGCCCAAGUACAUGGCCAGCUUGAUUUGGGACCAGAUGUGGAUGCCAUAGUCGCUGAUCCAUCGUUCAAAGAUAGCUCGAUCGGUGCUCAAUUGCAGAGCAUGGCUAGCCAGUACGGCAUGCUUCUCCAUUGGCAUGCUGGGUCGCAGUUGUCGGUCGACGAGGUCCCGAACGACUUCCGAGGGCCCCGCAUGCCGGAGCUCGCACGCAUAGUUGCGCCAAAGGGCAUGCUGACGCCAGCAUUAGUAGGGGCCGCUGCUCGCCGAGCAGCCGAAGACAAGGCCGAGCAAGCAGACUUAGGCCAUCCAGAAAAAGCACUGCAAGAACUCAAACUGUUGUGGCACGUCCUACUCCGCUAUGGCUCUACUCAAGCACCGUGGGAAUGA